AUGGGUGUUGACUAUUAUUACCUUCUGGAAGUUACUGCGGGCGCCACCCAGGAGGAGCUUCACAAAGCAUACCGUCGCCUGGCGUUAAGAUUCCAUCCUUUACGAAACAAGAAUAGUAACAAGGACACCUAUCAAAACUUUUUAUGGAUAUCAGAGGCCUACGAAGUUCUAAUAAAUCCGGAGCUGAGAGCCCGAUACGAUCAAUUUGGUGAGGCAGGACUUAAACAUGGCGUCCCUGGACUCAACAAGGAACCGGUCAAGUACGUAUACCAUGGAGAUCCUUACAGGACUUUCCAAGAUUACUUUGGAGGCUCAAAUCCAUUUAAAGAAUUUACUGAGGAGAUGACACGUGAACAAAUGGAAAACUUUGGCCGAAAAGACGGCCGAGGGCAACCAAAGAAAGCUGAGCCGACCAUCGAAAAACUUCCGUUGACGCUCGAAGAAAUCUACAAUGGCUGCGUGAAGAAAAUGAAUGUAAAGUACACAGCUUUUGACAAGGAGUGUCUGACCACGGAGAUUAAAGAAAAGACUCUCACCAUGGUGAUUCGACCUGGAAUCCAUGAAGGCUCCUCACUAACAUUUAGAGAAGAAGGCAACCAAGGUCCCAAUAUCAUCCCUGGUGACGUGAUAUAUACCAUAACGGCGAAAAAACAUGACUACUUUCGGCGUGAUGGAAUACAUCUUAGACACACAGAGAAGGUUCCUGUGGGCCAGGCGCUGUUGGGCUGCGUGGUUGAUGUUCCUACAUUAGACAAACGCCUCUUACAUAUACCGAUCACGGAAGUAAUUAAGCCAAAUUACGUCAAAGUAGUUAAAGGCGAAGGAAUGCCGGAUUCCUGCGACCCCAGAGAGAAGGGUGACCUCUAUAUUGACUUCGAUAUUGUAUUCCCCGACAAGUUAACCACAAAAGAGCGAAUUGGCGUUGAAGCUGCUCUCUUCCGCAACGGAGAACCCCUGGAGAUCUUAACUUGA